AUGGAGGGGGACACGCUGAGGAUGGAGGUGGACACGGUGAAGAUGGAGGUGGACAUGAUGAAGUUGGAGGUGGACAUGACGAAGAUGGAGGUGGACAUGAUGAAGAUGGAGGUGGACACAAUGAAAAUGGAGGGGGACACGCUGAAGAUGGAGGUGGACAUGACGAAGAUGGAGGUGGACAUGAUGAAGAUGGAGGUGGACACAAUGAAGAUACAGAUAAAGAUGGAGGUGGACAUGAUGAAGAUGGAGGUGGACAUGACGAAGAUGGAGGGGGACACGCUGAAGAUGGAGGUGGACACGGUGAAGAUGGAGGUGGACAUGCUGAAGACGGAGGGGGACACGCUGAAGAUGGAGGUGGACACGGUGAAGAUGAAGGUGGACAUGAUGAAGAUGGAGGUGGACAUGAUGAAGAUGGACAAGGGCACGUUGAAGAUGGAGGUGGACAUGACGAAGAUGGAGGUGGACAUGAUGAAGAUGGAGGUGGACACAAUGAAAAUGGAGGGGGACACGCUGAAGAUAGAGGGGGACACGCUGAAGAUGGAGGUGGACAUGAUGAAGAUGGAGGUGGACAUGAUGAAGAUGGAGGUGGACAUGCUGAAGAUGGAGAAGGACACGGUGAAGGUGGAGGUGGACACAAUGAAGAUGGAGAUACAGAUGGAGGUGGACACGCUGAAGAUGGAGGUGGACACAAUGAAGAUGGAGGUGGACACGAUGAAGAUGGAGAAGGACACGAUACAGAUGGAGGUGGACACGCUGAAGAUGAAGAUGGACAAGAUGAAGAUGGAGGAAGAUACUUUGAUAAAGGAGGUGGACCCGAUGAAGAUACACUCAAUAUGUGUCUAUAGGUUUAGAGAUGUGAGUGCUGUGAGCUUCACUCAGGUCACUCAGCUGAGCCGUCACCAGCGCCUCCUCAACGAGUGUCGACCAAUGAACGACAGCUCAGACUCCACUGAGGUUGACUGA